AUGCAGCUCCUCUCGAUCCAGUCGCACGUCGCCCACGGCUACGUGGGGAACAAGGCCGCCACAUUCCCGCUUCAGAUGCUCGGCUGGAACGUCGACGUGCUCAACACGGUCAAUUUCUCAAACCACACGGGGUACGGCAGUGUCCAUGGCGAGGUGGUCGCUGGCGACAAACUUGCCGAGAUCUACGCCGGGCUGUGCGACAUAAAUGUCCAGUACGACGCCCUGCUCACAGGAUACAUCCACGGCGCGAGCUCGUUGGCCGCCGUCGGCCAGAUGUGCAAGGCCGUCAAAAGAAGCCGUCCCCAGUGUCUCUGGCUGCUGGAUCCCGUCAUGGGCGACGACGGCCAGAUAUACGUCAGCGAGGACGUGAUUCCUGUGUAUCGACAGCUGGUGCACAGCGGCCUCGUGGACGUGAUCACGCCGAACCAGCUGGAACUCGAGCUGCUGCUGGACUUCAAGAUCACCAGCCGCGACGACCUGCGACGCGCCCUGGCCACCUUGCACACAGAACAUCAGAUCAAGCACGUGGUGAUCUCAUCGCUGUUUCUGAGCGCACAGCAGCUCGGUUUAGAGUCCAAAGGCUGUUUCUACUGCUGUGUCUCUUCCAAGGACGCAGACGAGCCAAUUCUGUUCGAAAUCCCCAAAUUGGACUCGUACUUCACCGGCGUCGGCGACCUCUUUUCUGCGCUGCUGCUGGACAGGCUGUUCAGACUUCAGGACGUGGUGCUGGCGACGAACCAGGUGCAGAGCGUGAUGUCACGCGUGCUGGCCAAAACGCAGCGGAUGUGCGUCGAAAGGCUUGGCGGGACGGUGCAGGGCAAGCUCGGCGACGCCACAUCCAUGAAGGAGUGCGAGCUGCGCAUCGUCGAGUGCAGAGACCUGUACCACCUGGAGCAGACUGAUUUCAGGGCUGUGCAGCUCUAG